AUGUCGAAAAUCCUCAUCUCUGUAGGAGCACCUCUGAAGUCGCUGUUAUGCUCACCAGCAGUAAUUGGCUGUACAUGCAAAGGAUUCGUCGAAAUAAUCCAAUCUAGCUGCCGUGGUCGUGGCCUUGAGCGAUAUUCUCUGUUGACCGCACAUCGAUGUGGUAUUCGUAUAUGCACGGGAACAUCGUCUUCCACCUCAUGGGUCAUUGAGGAGAUAUUUCCGGAUAAAACCAUUGCUUCUUCGUAA